AUGGGCUGUACCCUCAUGCCCACAGCAAAGGCCUCGAGCUCGCUUGCACCGCCUCCCGCACAUGGGCGCAGCAUCUACAUUCACAAGGCCCUGGCCGACCCGAGACUCGUCGGUCAGGCGAAGGAGAUGAAAGAGCUCUACACCAAGCAGGUCCGCAGCGAAGCGAAGAAGGGUCAUGUGGUGCCAGCGAGCAGCCCCAGCGGUAUGGCUUUGAGGAUAGUUCAAUGGAAUCUCAAUUGCCUCUGUGGCAUUGACGGGCAGACUCCCCAACGAGCUGCAGAUGUGAUCAAGGUGUUGGCGCCGUGCAAUGCAGAUGUGCUGGUGCUUCAAGAGAUGCCACGCGGGCCUGCCCAAAGUUGGUGGUGGGAACCCUGGAGAUCCACUUUCCCGGCUGAAGAGAUGCGCGCUUUGGAGACGGGUCUACAGGAACUCGGGUAUCAGACUCAGCUGAGAAGCAGCUGUUUCAGCUCUACGCUGCUUUGCAGCAGAUUGACCGUGGUAGCGGUGUCGGAGGCCAGCCUGGACUCACAGCAUGAUUUCCGGAUGCCAGAAGAUCGCGCUGCACUGCUCGUCUCCCUCCGCCUGGAGGCUGAUGCCGACAGGAGAGAUCCUGGCCACGGCAGCCUCAUUGUGACUAUUUGCGCGACGCACUUCCAUCACCAGAACUUCACGGUGAACGACAAGGGGGUCCGGAAAGCAGAGGCUGAGCUGCUUCUGCGCCAUUGUUCCAGCAACACCCCCAGCGACAGCCGGUGUACACUGAUGGUGGCUGAUUUCAACCAGGCACGACGUGGCGACUACUCUUCCGAGGAGUGGUCGGUCGUCUCUGCGGGUCUUCGUUCCAUUGGGGAGCCGGAGGGCGACGGAGUCGCAGAGCUCCUCACUUCACAGGGCUGGGUUUGUGCUUACGACAUUGCCGCAGAGCGGAAUUGGCGAGGCACUGCACCACCAUUUACACACUGGACAGGCACGACCGUCGACUACGCGUACAUGCUGGCUCCAGAACACAGCACAAAGGUGUCUGCACACCUCAUGUACAGUGAUGUUUCGGAUCAUCUGCCAAUCAUGACACAUGUCAGCUUCUGA